AUGACACGUAUCAAGUUUAUUGUAGGAGUGUGCUCCGGACUGGUUGCUAGUUCUAGUAUGUCGGCUUUUGGCAUGCUUGACCCAGCAGCGCUACAUGGAGAUGCCAUCGAGGGAACAAGAGAUAUCAGUUUGAGAGCAAAAACGAUGCUAAACUUCGCUGACAGAAUAUAUGAUAAAUGCUUCAGUGUGCCAAACGCACUUUGCCUUGGAGGAACGUCUCAAAUUAUAACUGCGAAUGCAGUCCCGGAAGGUCUCAGCGCUUGGUUCACAUUCGACGAGAUCUACCCAGUUGACCAAACUGGAAACGGCAAUCACAUGCACAGGGCACCCCGGUCUGGGCCACCUCAUAACGGGAAGGGCGCGAGCGCCGCUUUUGUCAAUGGAGCGAGCGGGACCAUACGGUCAAGCUCCACUUUGGAGUCCAGCGAGUUUACAGGCCUUCUGGAUGUACCUUUUGGGCGACUCGACCGGCUACUUUCGACUGAUGCCAGCCAAACGCCCACCAUACUGCUGUACCCGAAAACAAGGAAACUUUCAAUCCGCGUGACGACAACGGACAGCACCUCGGAGGGGAUUCCCUCUCUUGGCGCUCUCCCGCUGAGGAGGUGGACUCACAUUGCAGUCACUGCCAGUGAAAGCAGAUUGAAACUGUUCGUCAAUGGUGUCAAGGAUAACGAAAUUGCACUACGUGGGGUGGUCGUUUCAAACAGCGGAGAUAUUGUCGUUGGAUCUACCAUGGAGAACUCCGGAUUCGAGGGAUACAUUGACGAGUUGCGAUUCUACAGACGUGCCCUUCCUGAGGGAGAAGUCGCCAGCCUAACCGCAGGUGGACUCACAGGAAUUGCCGAUACAGAGUUCGUUUUCCAAGGCUGCGCAGGCUGUACAUUUGAGAUGGCACUACACUUCAAUAUCUGCGGCGAGCCCGCUGCCCAUCUUUGCUCUCUUCGAGAGCUCUACCAGGGUGCAAUCCACAUCGCCAGAGUGAAUGGUCUGCUCGCUGGUGGUCAAGAUAUAUGGCACAGUGAGAUGUCAUCCAGCGAUGUCGCUGCUGGAGAAAAACGUUUGGCCCUGUGCUGUCGGGUGCCUGGAUUGCCAGCUCCUCCGCAGAGGUUGGUGGCGUCUGUUGCGUGACCCCACACAAGCUAACAGUGACGGAGGUGUUCUGAAUGACAAUUCAGUUGAGAUAACUCUCCCUGCUAACGUAGAAAAUAGCUGCAGUUGUAGCUUGAACCACGUAUCAACCACUGCAUGCGUUGACAUUGGGCCGAGGGCACUAAGUCGUUGCCACUCUCAGUGACACAGAAACCCAUGUUACAUACUCGAGACAAAAUGCCCAAACUCGUUUAUCAUUUCAUUUGUCGAGUGAACCUGGACGACGUGCAGAUGUGCGAAGUGACA